AUGGAGAAGCCAGCUGCCUCAACAGAACCCCAAGGGCCUCGGCCCGCCUUGGGCCGCGAAAGUGUCCAAGUGCCAGAUGAUCAGGACUUCCGCAGCUUCCGGUCAGAGUGUGAGGCCGAGGUGGGCUGGAACCUGACCUACAGCAAGGCCGGCGUGUCUGUGUGGGUGCAGGCUGUGGAGAUGGAUCGGCCUCUGCACAAGAUCAAGUGCAGGAUGGAGUGCUGCGAUGUGCCUGCAGAGACGCUCUACGAUGUCCUACAUGACAUAGAAUACCGGAAGAAGUGGGACAGUAACGUCAUCGAGACCUUCGACAUCGCCCGCCUGACUGUCAAUGCCGACGUAGGAUAUUACUCUUGGAGGUGUCCCAAGCCCCUGAAGAACCGUGAUGUCAUCACCCUCCGCUCCUGGCUCCCCAUGGGCGCUGAUUACAUCAUUAUGAACUACUCGGUGAAGCAUCCUAAAUACCCACCUCGGAAAGACUUGGUCCGAGCUGUGUCCAUCCAGACCGGCUACCUCAUCCAGAGCACGGGGCCCAAGAGCUGCGUCAUUACCUACCUGGCCCAAGUGGACCCCAAAGGCUCCUUACCCAAGUGGGUGGUGAAUAAGUCAUCUCAGUUCCUGGCUCCCAAGGCCAUGAAGAAGAUGUACAAGGCCUGCAUCAAGUACCCUGAAUGGAAGCAGAAACACCAGCCACAUUUCAAGCCGUGGCUGCACCCGGAGCAGAGCCCAUUGCCCAGCCUGGCACUAUCGGAGCUGUCAGUGCAGCACGCGGACUCACUGGAGAACAUUGACGAGAGCGCAGUGACUGAGAGCCGUGAGGAGCGAGCAGGCGGUGCAGGUGGAGAGGGCAGCGAUGAUGACACCUCGCUCACCUGAGCACAGCCCCCUCUGCAAAGGACCAAGACAGGACUGAUGCUGAGCCCUGGGGCACUGAGCCUUCUGCACUUCUCCCCUCUCCCACCUGCCUUCUGGGGGCACUGGGCUCCUGCUCAGGUGGCUGCGGCCUGGCUGGACAUGGCCCCAAAUAAAUGAACCACACAGCCCCAA